GUAUCUUCUAUUAUGUACCAACUUUGUCCUCGUUCUAUACCAUUAAGGAAGUUUCUCUAGUUGUACUGGAAUAGCAAAAUGCGGGGUACCCAACCGCAAAACGAUGCAACAACAACAACAACAACAUGCAGAGGUGAAAAAUGACAGACCAAUGGAUAAAGAGUAAGCGACGAUAGCUGCAUGGUAUCCAGUGCUAUCCGAGCGUCGCGGCAAAUCCAAGUUUGCAUGUGCGGAGUCAUUGACCCAGCCCCUCAUGGAUCCAGACAAUCCGAGUUUGCAUGAUAGGCCUCUUAUAUACCAAUGACGUUGUUGCAUCCGAGGCCGUUCCGGACACGGUCCUGGUAUAUAAGUAGAUAGUCGCGAUCCUUUGUCCUGUCGAACAAGAUUCGAUUACUAUCAGUAGUACAAGUCACGCUUCGCACUUGACAAUACUAUACUAUUCUCCCGAAUACGUACUUGACCACUUGACCAAUAUGCCGAUGAAACUUGAAGGCAGCUGCCAGUGUGGCAGCGUUGAAUUCACACUCGAAUCAUCGACCCCAGUUCCUUAUCAACUAUGCGCCUGUAGCAUCUGCCGGAAGGUCGGCGGAUACAGUGGCAGUGUCAAUCUGGGCGGUAUUGCCGAUAGCCUGAAGAUCAAGAAGGGAAAGGACUUGAUCAAGAAAUAUUCCGCCGUCAUGGCGAGAGGCACACCGGAUGAGAAGAUCUGUGCGUCGGAGCGGAAUUUUUGUUCCAAUUGCAGCACCAUGCUUUGGCUGUGGGAUCACCAUUGGCCGGAGCUCAUUCAUCCUUUUGCUUCGGCCAUUGACACGGAACUACCGGUCCCUGAUGAGAUGGUCUGCAUCAUGGAGAGCUCUAAGCCGGCUUGGGUGCGAUGGCCAGAGGGGAAGAAGCAGGUAUUUGAUGGUUAUCCAGAGCAUAGCUUGGAAGACUGGCACAAGAAGCACAAAUUGUUCUUCGAAUAGAUGAGACACUUUAGGUGACGAUGAUACGGAGUUUUACGAGAUGUGGACUAUGUUUACAAAAAGUGGGAGCAUUGUUUGGAAAGUUGAACUCAUUAUCAUUAUCAUUAAAGUAGCUAUCCAUAGGCGAGUGACCUGCACAAUGCAAUGUUAGCAGCUGUAUAAACAGACACUGAUGCAUAAAUGUGUAUAGGUGAGAAGUUCAGGUCUCCAAGGUGAAUCUUUGUUGUUUCGUCAAGGUGGUUCGGUAAGAACACAGCGAAUUAAGAAUUCAUCAUGCAAUAAUGAAGAAAACACGACAGGGAAUACUUACACUUUGGAAGCUUCAUAGAAAAUCUACAAGAUGUUCCCUAUUACUUUCAACAAAGUUAGCAUCACAUGCAAGACAUAG